AUGGUGCUCCGACAAGUUCAUGUUUCCUCUGGGCCCGACCAGCCAACUGUAGAAGAGGCCGCCAAUGAGGAUGAGGAAGAGAAUCUACAGGAGGCUACAUCGGCGGUAGUUACGAGUACUGCCACUGUAGAACUGGAAACUUCUCAUUUCCCCAGUUGCUUGCCAUCAUAUGAUUUCAUGCCUGAACCACUUCAUCAAAAUUCUCCUCCAAUCUCUACCCCAUUAACUCUCAGACCCUGCCAAGGCACACAAGAGGAUGCACCUUCACCGCGACUCGCCAGCUCUUCUAAUUCUGCCGACUCAGCCAGCUCCAUUGGUUCUGAUUCGCAGUGUUUAUCGAAAGUAACGGAGGAGGACAAACAAAAGCAUCCCGCCAUCUCUAAUCAUUCAAAUGAAAUCAAUGGGCCAAGUAGGCAAUUGACGGGCACCUCGACGCUACUGAGAUCCGUCUCAAGAUUGAAUACUUGUGCGAGUGAACUACUUCCCUAUGCUGGAUCCGAGAACCAGAAUUCUGUUGGUUUAGAUAGUGGAAUUAGUGAAACUAGAGGGCUAAUCAGUGCCGUCACAGGCCCUAAUUUAACGGCCAAUUCUAUCGCCUUGACAAUUGCUAGUGGUGGCAGCACGGUUACACUGAAAUCAGUGCCAGCAGCUGCUCCUAAGGCGACAGUCAAGUCAGGUGCCCCGAGGGGUGAUCUGCUCGCGCCUUCGUUGAUCUCCAGCUGUGAGACAAUUUCUACCGUGCCUGUUAACAAGUCACCAGUGCCACUUUGUAAAGCCCAGAAAACUCGUGAGGAUAAAGGUGGGAUGGGUAAGCAGGGUCGUCGCCGAAAUCAACAUCGUACCGAAGAGCGUAACGAAACCAAGACAAGCUUACUGGCUAGGGCCGCCAGACGACGGGCCCCAAGCGAUGGCAAGAAGAUCGUGGAGUCUUACAAUGACACCAAGCAGACACAUCAUCAGCAACUUCUGCGCAGGCAUCAUCGCCGCCGGCGUGACCAACACGAUCUCUUGUCAUUCCCUCUGACAACCGGCCUCGAAUUCCCUGACCGUCUUCAUAGCAUUCUUUCAUCAACCAAUAGAGCAACAGGCUGGCGUAAUAAGGCCGGUGAGAAUCUUAGAGCAGAUGCCACUCCAACAUGCGAGGAAGCAUUGGAGCAAGCUGUGGACUGCACACCUCUGCCAUUUGAUUCUCACUCUCCUGUUCCUAGUCGUAUUUCCACUUCUGCCGUUCGUCUUACUCCGGGAACUAGUUUUCGGAAGCCUGGCGUACUUUUACCUACUCAUUGCCUUGCAGCCACAGAGCUUAUCACUUCAAACAUACCUGCUACCAUUCACACUAACUCUUCAUCACUCAACGUCUCGUCUUCUACUAGCCAGUCAUCCUCGAGGCGCUCCAGAUCUCUGUCCAACUCGUCCAGCUCCCGUUCUGACUCUUCAGGGUCUUCGGUAACAUCUUCCUCCCCUUCAGCCUCAUCAUCACCCUCUCGGUCUGCCUGCUCCUCCGCCAUCUCAGGAGCUAGCUCUGCUGCUAGGCCCUCUUCAUCUUUGCAAGGUGCCGCCUCAAAUUCUCUAUCACGUAGUUCAUGUUCUGGCUCUGAAUCCUCGCUCUCAUCUACAAAUUCUACCACUUCAUCAUCAUCUCUCUCUGCCCCUCAUUCGGGAUCUUCUUCCUAUUCAGAUGCUUCUCGUUCAACCUCUCUCGCCUGUCGGUCUUGUUCUCCCGCCUCAGAUCCAGCAUCUGUUUUGCAAGAGACACCGGCAUCAUCUUCACUCUCUUCGGAACCCAGUAAAAAAAAGCACUCAAGCGCUGGAGCCGAAGGCGAUUUGUCGUUACUAGUUCGUUUUGGUCUGAUAAAGCGGCCAGGAACCGUCUCUAGUCGAUCAGGCUCAACUCCAGGUUCUGGCAUAGUGCACUCCUCAAAAUCAGAUCGAGAAUCAGCUGCCUCUAGAUCAAUGGUUCAGACUUCUUCAGCGAGAAUCCGUAGUAACAGCUCUACGGCCACUAACUCAGUUGGGCGGCCAAACAAACCUCAAAAAAUUUUUGUCGCGGAGACAAUGCCGGCCGGUAGCCUUGUUGCGAAAAUGUUGAGUCGAGCUUUGGAAAAACGUUAA